AUGGGCUCCGGGAAGAAGAAGAUAGAAAUCAAAAAAAUUGAAAAGGAAUCAUCCCGAAUGGUAACAUUCUUGAAAAGAUGCAAGGGUCUUUUCAAGAAAGUUCGAGAAUUGCAAGCGAAAAUUGGGGCCAACGUUGCCGUGAUUGUCUUCUCGCCGGCCGGGAAUCCCUACACGAUGGGAAAUGUAUCGUUGUUUGAUAAUGCUCUGAACAAGGGUACCGGUCCUGCUUCUGGUGAUGCUACAUUUAAUGGGUUCGAUUUCGAGAAAGGUGCGAAGGAUGCGAAUGCUUUUUGUGCAAGUACGAGCAAUGGUUUGAGGGAGUGGUUGGAUGGGAUAGACGUGGAUGGUUGUGCUGAAAUCGAGGAAUUACUGCACAUGAAAGAGCAGUUGCUAGUGUCUAGAGAGAGGAUUCAGGGGCUAAUUCAGUGA